AUGGCCCAUGCAUGGCUGGACUCCCUCUCCGAGGAUUGGGUUUCUGAACCUCGCUCAGAUGCUUCAGAAGCACAGCUCCCGCCACUGAAACACCAUGCUGAUGCCACACCAAGCAAAAUUCCUCGCCGUGCCGGCGCGAACCCUGUCUACUCUCCAAUUACCGGCAACAGCAGCCAAAUACUCAAUGAAAGAACAGCUAACGAAAGAAAUAUAUCACACAACAAGCUCCCGUCAAGAUUAUCGCGAGAGCUCAAGCCGGACUCCAAAGACUCGCGCUCCGUUUCUGCUGCGACAUGCGGCUCUGUCGUGCACAAAAUCGCGGAUUCGAAUGUUGUAAAUGAAGGAACCCCAGACUGGAAACGCCGCCUGAUCAACGGCGAGGUGCCGUACGGCGAGCAGCGCGACUUGUUUUGCUCCGCCGGCACUGGCCUCCAGGACAUGUUUAAGCCGCCACAGGCAGAACUUGCUGAUACUCAGGACGAUCCAAAUAGCCUUGACCGAACAAUGCCUUCUAGUCCGCCGCUAUACCAAUACGAGCCAGAUGAAGAUAUUGAUCGCCUGCUAGAACUUACCGAGGUGGACGAGCACGAAUUUCCAGAACAAGUGACGCCUAGUCCGAGCCCAAGACGAGGAACACGCAGCACUCAUUUUCGACCAACCUCAACCGGCAAUAGCUUCCUCUCAUCACUACCGGCAGAAAAUUAUGUCGACGAAUCUCCCCUACAGCACGUCGGCAGCAUCGCUCGCAAUAAGGUACAGCUCGAUGCGCCGCGGCCUGCGCAAGGGUCUCUUCGUCAAGUGAGCGGUCUUACCGAUAUCCAUAACGAAAAUUUCAGCCCUAUUGUUAUCGGCCGGCAGAACGAAGAGGAUGGGCAAGUCAAAUUCGGCGCUAUGGAUUUACCUAUCGGUGAACUGCACUUGAAGCUGGAGCGUGUAAAAAAGAGUCAAGCUAGUGAUGCCGAAGAUGAGUCGCUAUAUCCGGGCGCACCGGUGGAGAGAGCUUCCGAGAUUGACGCGCUUGAUCACUUUGCCCGUAAUGCGGGUCAAGUCAACUUGCGACGUGGCGGCCGCUCGGGAGAUGGCUCUUUCUAUACCAAAGCGCUGAGCUCUGACCUUGGCGUCGACACCUCGGAGAUGCUGCCAGAAGAAUCAUUACAAGCCAGCACGCCAAAGGAGUAUCCUACUAUCCGAACGGAGCUGCCUUCACGGGUUGCUUCUCAGUCAGCGGGAAGCCCACCACUGCCCCGAGCACCCUUUCCCAGCCCAGACAAACGCAGAAUAAAUCCAAGCGGGAGCCCGCUGAAGCUUUUCGGGCCUUACGACACAUUUACGAACCAAACUCUAUUGCGGCGAAUCAGUCAGUUUGAGGAUGUCGGUUCCGGGGACUCGUCGGGCCAGGGCACGGGUCUAGCUAACCCUGAAAAGACUGACCCCAUGGACGAGAGCCGACGAUCAGUGAGCUAUUUCGGUGGCGGUCAAUUAGACCAUUACGAAUUCACAGCAGACAUGUCUGAGGCAUAUGAUAUCUUUGAUGGCACGGACAAGGAGAAUGUAUCGCCAGAGGCGCAUAUGAUUCCUACGGGAUCUCGCCGCCACGUGUCUUUUGCGAAUGCAUCUAAGCUGCUCGUUACACGGCGGCGAGAGCGAUCUGGCGCGUCGACCGAUGUAGUGAUGGAAGCGCAGCGACUAACCGUUGCCAAGGAUGCGCCUGAAGGAUGCGGGGAACGCGAUCAUGAGGCGUCCGAUGCCAAGCGUGCGAUGAACUCUCCUGUCAAAGACCCCACACCGAAGAGACGGCGAACUUUGCGACGCUCCGACGCCACUCAUGGCCGACAAGAGCAGCUUUCCCAAGUAGACACUGCUCACCAACAAAUGCAGAAUGUCUUGGGCAAGAAGCGCAAGGACGCCCGUCCUGGUCAAUUUCAAAUCGCAGAACCAGAUGUACUAGCCGGGAGAAAGAUUCUGAAGCCUUGCUCUCCUACUUCGAGCCGAACAUCGUCGCAAGAAUUUGAUGACUCUCUGAACAAGGCGAAUCAGACUGGCGUUGCCCCCACCGCGACGGAGCGAAAGCCAUCCAUCAAGACGCAAGAUUUUGUUGAUCAAGCAGCGCAAAUUAUGGCCAUGAUUCGGAGUCAGGUGAAGCCGACUGGACUGGCAAGUUUGGAAGAGUCAAAGGAAGAGCAUCACACUGGUGGAGAUGUUGAAACAGAGACAGCAGGGUCGCAACCAGACUCCACAUACGAACCCCUGUCUCGACCCCCGAGUCGCGAAGGCAAGCAAUCGCCAAAUUACCAAGAACGGUCAAUUGAUCCGGAAUUGGAUGCACGAUUGAAGCAGUACAAGGAGAUGAGCGACAUGGGUGAUCUUGCAACAUCGUCGAUCCGGUCUACCCGCAUGGCGCAAGAUACCCUCCAAGAGGCUCAGUUUCAGAGGCAGAUUCAGCAGACGACUUUCGGGCGUGUUACAGCUCCAACGGCGGCGACUACUGAUAUUGUGAGCGAUCUUGCUAAUGUGCGAAUCUCUGGUCCGUUUCUGGAUUCUUCGCCGCCCGCCAGCCCAAGUCGGGGCUAUCCUUCGAACUCAUCCACUCGCUCUGCAAAUACUAUGCCUACGACAUCUUCAACCAACUCUGAAUCUAGAAGAACAAUCAUGCCCGAAAGUGUUUCACAUCUUAUUCCUGAUCGGGUGGGUAGCAUGUAUCUCGACAAAUCUCAAAAUAUUUGGAUCAAGAAGAAGGAAGCAAAUCCCGACGCUCAGAAUAGCGUCGCAACAAUCGACGACAGUGAAGAUGACCCGUUUGCUAGCAUCCCUGAUCUCACUGUCGAUAUGACACAAGAACUGCGGAACUUGAGACGAGUUAUGGAACUCGGACAAACUGCAGGCGGAGCCCCCCAGUCCUCUCCUGCCCUCAAGCAGGCCGGCUUUAUUCCACCCUCGCUCGAUCAAGAUGGAGAGAAGGCGAAAGAGCUGCCCCAAUUAGGCAAUCGAGAGGCUCAAGAAGCCUAUGGCUCUCAAAACGCAACGACAAAGCGAAGAAACAUGACCAUUUCGUUUUCGUCGCCGAUUGCGUCAAUUAUUCAGGAAGCCAUUGCAACGGGUGCCGAUUACUCUGAUGAGCAGGCGAUACCCAACACUAUCGACUACGACAAAAGCCCAGACCAAUCACCACCAGAGAGCUUGGCUCGUCAACCAGCUUUGCGGCAAAAGGACACCAAGUCUAGGCCGCCAACAAUGAGAUAUGCUUCACAACAAGGACCGGAAUUCAUUCGUCGCCCAAUUUCACCCAUCAAUGAGCAAGACGAAGAUAGUACAGUCGAGCUGCUGGCCAAUGAUGCAAACCAGGUUAGCUUUGUCGGCGAGCAGGGUGUCAUGAAUUACGGGGGAAACGAGAGCCGACAAGCAUCACUCAGCGUCAUCAUCAGCCGAACACCGGGAAGUAAGAGCCUGGCCGUUACUGGCGACGACAGUGCAAUCAUCGGACAGCAUAUUGGGCACAUGUCUUUGAGUCCACUUUCCGACUUCAACGUUCAUCAAGGAGAUCAGUCGUUUGGCUUCGAAGUUAGCUACGUGUUAGGCAAUCGACACCUGUCAACUGGCGAUGGCUCCAAGAAGGUCAUGUCACUGACACUGCGGGAGCUCGUGGAAAGACUAAGCGAAGUUGAGCCAUGCGAGCCGUACUGGCAGGAUAUUGAGGAGCUCGACUUGAGCGAGAAGCGACUUUCAAGCUUGCACAUGCUGGAAGAGUUUUGCGGUAAGGUGGUGACUCUUGAUGCAUCGCAGAAUGCGCUUGGCCAUCUGGAAGGAGUGCCCUCUAGCGUGCGGCAGCUCAAGGUAUCGCAGAACAUGCUGACGGAGCUGACUUCGUGGAAUCACCUGGUUAACCUGCAGUAUGUUGACAUUUCUGGCAACGAGGUCAGAAGUCUAUCUGCACUGAGAAACCUGGUGCACCUGCGAAGCGUCAAAGCGGAUAACAAUAAGCUCGCCAGUUUGGAUGGGCUGGCUUCGCACGAAGGACUGCUUUCGCUGCGAGCACGAGACAAUUUCAUUGAGGAACUCGAUUUUGAGGACAGCACCUUUAGCAGGCUAACGGAGCUAGACCUCGCGGGCAACACUAUCGAGAUUGUUUGCAACAUGCAUCUUGCGCCAUGCCUAUCGAAGCUGAAGCUGUCCAACAACAGAAUCCGGACAUUCGAAGCAAGCAAAUCAUGCAAAACGAUUCGUCAUCUAGAUGUCAGCCAGAACAAGCUGGAGCAUCUGGAUGUUACUGGGCUACCGAAUCUUCACACCUUGCUUGCUGAUGGCAACCAUCUGUCAACUGUGACUGGGUUGGAGCGGACUAAACGACUUGACAGCCUUUCUCUGCGGGAGCAGCGAGGUCAGGAGCCGCUCUCUCUUGGAUUCUUGUCGGUAGGAUACGAAGUGCGCAAACUAUAUCUUUCUGGUAAUUACCUGGAGUCAUUUGAGCCCAGGGUGGAUCUGCUGAAUCUGCAAUUACUUGAGCUUGCCAACUGUGGCCUGACGAGCCUGCCCGAUAAUGUUGGACAAUUAAUGCCGAAUUUACGAUCGCUCAACAUCAACUUUAACGCGAUUAUGAGUGUAAAGCCUCUUCAGUAUAUUCCGCGGCUGAAGAAGUUGAUGAUGGCAGGCAACCGUCUUGCAGACUCGACGUCGGUCACACAGCUGCUCACGGACUUUCCUCACUUGUCAAGACUGGACACGAGAGACAACCCCAUGACGCUUGGGUUUUACGCACCGUUGCAGGCUCUGGUAAAGGCGAAUGGAAACGACACGACAGCGCCGUUUGCGCUGCCGGAUGCCGAUGAAGAACGAGAUGAGUUGUACGCGAGCCGACUGGAUGAGCCAACGAAACUGCGGCGGAGGUUGCACCAGGUAGUUUUGGCAGCUAGCUGCAGUCGACUGCGGAUGCUGGAUGGCCUGCCGUUGCAUCGGAAGCGAGCGUUGGCGAUGGACGAUCUAUUGGCGGCACUUGUCAAGGAGGGGCUGGUCGAGGUACCAGAGCAAAACGAAACGAGCGCAAACGACGACGUGGCGCAGGAGAAGAAUGAGGCGGACAAGGAGGGAUGCGAGGAACGGCAAAGCAGUCGAUGGAAUGGUGAAGACAGCUUUGCAUAG